AUGGUGCAUUGGCGGCUGGCGUUUUUUCAACCACAUGGGCGUCAGCGGAACCUUCUUCUGCAUUUGCAGCAAUCCAGACCACGCAUCCAAAACAACUCCAAAUUUUCUGUCGUAAUUAGAACCAAGGAUCCUCAUGACAAGUACUCAAAGGUCCGGCUCGGGGUGCUCGGGAUACCUCGUGCAAUGAGCGUAGCACCGCAUAACAAUUCUAAACAGCAAAAGCGCAAGCUGGAGGUUGCAUUGGAUUCCAGGAAAAAGGCUAUGUACCAGAUGAUUAACGUACCAAACGUUAUCACAGUAGCGCGAAUUCUGGCCACGCCUUAUUUAGCAUUUACGAUCAUCGAAGGUGAAUACGGCUUAGCCUUGGGCCUGUUAGCAGUAGCUGGUGUGUCCGACUGGCUGGAUGGCUUCAUCGCAAGAGCGUUUCAUCAAGAGUCUAUCGUCGGCUCUUUUCUUGAUCCUUUUGCAGAUAAACUUUUGAUCGGUAGUUUGUCGCUUAGUAUGAUGUGGACAGGGCUGCUACCGACUCCCUUAGCGACACUAAUUUUGGGGCGAGACUUCAUGCUGAUGAGCGGCACAUUUUACUUUCGGCUCAAAACCAAGAACCAGUCAUCGGCGUUUUUUGAUACCUCGGACAGUGUUACAUUUCAGGUUAAACCAUCGAUGCUUAGCAAGAUUAACACGGCGCUUCAGCUGUCAGUCUGUGGACUUGCACUGACCAAAGAAGCAUGGCAACUUCCUCCAGAGCCGAUACUCAAUCUGCUUUUUGGUGUUGUUGGAACAACCACCUUUCUUUCCGGAUUCGAGUAUUUGUACGGAUAUCUGACGAUGACCGGAGCAUUAAAGCCAAUCUCAAGAGUAGAUUUUCGCAACGUGGUUGAGCGAACGGAGGCAGUUGUGAAACGCACCGAGGAAGUGGUCAAGUCACCUCUCCGAAAAGCAGUCCAGCGCACGAAGGGGCGACUCAGACGAUAG